GGGUGAAUAUUCGCAAGGAACUUAUUGAUGAAGCAAGACAAGGAAUUACAGACAACUUAUAUGCAGAAAGUCAAAGGCUAUUUGAAACAAGUGUUUGGAAGAAAGAAGGAGCUAUCUACACAGCUGUGAGAGAUAGGUGACCACUUCAGGUUCUUGUGGCGGAUCUCUCAUAGACCCUUUGAUAUCCUUCAGAGUGCUUAUUACUCGUUCUCGCUCAAGACUAUAUUUGAGUUCUCGAAUAUCGGCAAGCAAAGAGUGAUGAGCACACAGUUCUUCAUCCAAGGGGCACAGGAUUACAAUAACAUGAAACUUAUGCUGGCCCAGUCGAAUUUCAAGGAAAUGCUAUACUUCGGUGGAGCUGCUCUAGUGACCGCAUAUUGUACCAGAAAGUUGGUCCUGAUGAGACACUCCUACAUUCGGAGGUACCAGACUGUUAAGACUUAUCGGGUGGAUCAGAAGAUGAUUGAGGAGAAGCCAAAGUCGUUCAAUAAGCACUUCUCAGGCUAUACCUUCUUAUAAGUUGGUUGUAAACCUUUCA